CCGACAGAAUUGAAAGGGCCGCUUUAAAUGAGGAGCAGCAUGAGCCAAACUGGCCAAGUUUUGACUUUUCUGUUGUCCGAACUUGUGGUAUGCAAAUUCAUAAUCUUCUUGUUUAAAAAUAACGUCAUAGUUGCUUCUCUUUAUGCUUGGAAUAACCUAUUGUGUCUAUGUUCUGACCAGGUCUCUUGUAAGAGAGAGACCUGAUUUAUCAUCAUCAAUAAUAAUAAUAUUCUGUUCAGCUCUACAGCUAAUUUGAAACUCAUGUUCAUUUUAACAUAUUCAAUUUUAGACAACUACAAAGACGCAUUAAAAAUAAUGCAACAAUAUGGAAAGGGCUGCAACACCUCAGACCUGCAAUCUGAGGCAGAGAACGAGGAGCUGCCAGAAAAAAGGAACAGGAAGCCAGUGUAACCAUCGUCUCGGGGACUCAGAUGAUAGCGAAGAAGACCCGGGAAAUAGUGACCUCACAUCUCUGGGGUUGGCAAGCCAAUUGCACAGGCAGACUCCACCGUCUCACCGAGUGCCAGCAAGAGUCAUGAGUACUUGUCAACUCGACUCCUCAACUGGAGAUAACUUUCUAGCACCUCACCAUGGGGAAGGACGCAUUCAUAUGCCUUCACCAGCACCUGCAUUAAACAUGCAGAGAGUUACACAAGGAACGGCAGUCCCUCCUCGACUACCUCCACCCCCCUCACCAGCAGCCCUCAACAUGUGGCAGACAGAGGAGCCUGGAUCCAGCCUGGCCUACAGGCCAACAUGGCGAGGGGAAAGAAUGGCCGACAACAUUUCCUGCUCUGCGCCUGAGGUAAUCCACAUCCUUAGCCUGCUGGAAACUAUUAAGCACAACCAAGACCAGCUGAUUGCGAAGGUGCUGUGAGUAAAAAUGUGUUGACAAGGUCAGCCACGGACGCUGAGGUCACCAAACACGCCAUCAGGUGGUUCAACUUGGCGGGGGAUCGGGCCACGAGGAGACGAGUCCCGCUUCCACCUCCUCAGGAGGAAUAGAGAUGUAUAUGUAUAAAUAAACAACCUUUUAUUGGACUUCUUGUCAUUCACCAGUUAUUCAUUUUCUGAUAUGUUAGCUGUGCAUGGAGCAGCGUUUCCUUGAAGUUGUAGCCUA